CCGGCCAUCGCCUUGCGCAGUGCCCUCGGUGUCCCCCGGAUCUGUCUCUUGCUUCAACAGUGUUUGGACGGAACAGACCCAGGGACACCCCCUCUUCCAGCCUCUAACCACCUUCCAACAACCUCUUCUUCAAGCACCAACUUCGGAACCGCCUCAGCCUCCGAGACCAGCCCACACCGUUGUCUGACCUUAACGCCUUACUGCGGAACCACCAUGAGCUCCCAAAUCCGUCAGAACUAUUCCACCGAGGUGGAGGCUGCGGUCAACCGCCUGGCCAACCUGCAUCUGCGGGCCUCCUACACCUACCUCUCUCUGGGCUUCUAUUUCGACCGGGACGAUGUGGCCCUGGAGGGCGUGAGCCACUUCUUCCGCGAGCUGGCGGAGAAGAAGCGCGAGGGCGCUGAGCAUCUCUUAAAGCUGCAAAACCAGCGCGGUGGCCGCGUUCUCUUCCAGGAUGUGGUGAAGCCUUCCCAUGAUGAAUGGGGCAAAACUCAGGACGCCAUGGAAGCCGCUUUGGCCUUGGAGAAGAACCUGAACCAAGCCCUUUUGGAUCUGCAUGCCCUGGGUUCUACUCGUACAGACCCUCAUCUCUGUGACUUCCUGGAGAACCACUUCCUGGAGGAGGAGGUGAAACUCAUCAAGAAGAUGGGCGACCACCUGACUAACCUCCGCAGGCUGGCUGGCCCCCAGGCUGGGCUGGGCGAGUAUCUCUUCGAAAGGCUCACCCUCAAGCACGACUAGGAGCCUUUGGAGCCCAGAGGUCUUUGAGGGGCCCCUUUGCAUUCCCCUGGUGUCUGGCUUUUGCCUGAGCCUCUCCCUGAAACCACUAGCCAUUCCUUUUACCACCCUGGAGCCCUCUCCCAUGCCUUGGACCAAAUGGAAACAAUAA